AUGGCGUGGCGUAACCAAGGUAUUACCGGUUCUAACAAUAUCCCACUGGGCCGUCGCAGGUUUGGUGAUGAGCCAGAUGAAACUCCAAGCUCCUCGUCAACUCCAGCUCACAUGGAUGGUGGGAACAAGCGCGGCAGGAGUCCAGUGAGAGCUGAUCCUCCUGCGGAUGGAACCAAGAGGCGAAAGAAGCGCAACCGCUGGGGUGACGCCCAGGAGAACAAGGCUGCUGGCCUGAUGGGUCUUCCGACUCUGAUCAUGGCAAAUAUGACCAACGAGCAGCUUGAAGCUUACACUCUUCACCUGCGUAUUGAAGAAAUUAGCCAGAAACUUCGUAUAAACGAUGUUGUCCCGGCUGAUGGAGAUAGGUCUCCAUCGCCGGCACCACAGUACGAUAACCUUGGUAAACGUGUAAACACCAGAGAAUACCGUUACCGCAAACGCUUAGAAGAUGAGCGUCAUAAGCUUAUUGAGAAAGCUAUGAAAGUUAUACCUAACUAUCAUCCGCCCUCUGACUACAGGCGUCCGACUAAGACCCAGGAGAAGGUCUAUGUCCCUGUUAAUGACUACCCAGAGAUUAACUUCAUUGGCUUACUUAUCGGACCUCGUGGAAAUACCCUCAAAAAAAUGGAGACCAAGUCCGGAGCAAAAAUUGCUAUCCGUGGAAAAGGCUCUGUUAAAGAGGGUAAAGGACGAUCUGACGCCGCUCACUCUAGCAACCAGGAAGAAGACCUUCAUUGUCUAAUCAUGGCAGAUACGGAAGACAAAGUUAAUAAGGCCAAGGAACUUAUUCACAAUGUUAUUGAAACGGCUGCUUCUAUUCCCGAAGGGCAGAACGAACUGAAGAGGAACCAGCUGCGCGAACUUGCUGCGCUUAAUGGAACUCUACGUGACGACGAGAACCAGGCCUGUCAAAACUGCGGUCAAAUUGGUCAUCGCAAGUACGAUUGUCCCGAGCAGCGUAACUUCACUGCGAACAUCAUCUGUCGUGUUUGUGGAAAUGCUGGGCAUAUGGCCAAGGAUUGUCCCGACCGUCAGCGUGGUACCGACUGGCGCAACCAUGGGCCCAGCGUUCGCGGCAAAGGAGCUGGAGCUGGUGAUGCAGUUGACCGAGAGAUGGAGCAACUUAUGCAAGAACUCUCUGGCAAUGCUCCUCUACCUGGUGGUGAAGCACAGAAGCGCAUUGAAGGUGGCCCUGGAGGAUAUGGUCAAGGCAACAACUACGGUGGUGAUGACGUGAAACCGUGGCAACAGCGUGAGCCUGCCAGCAACACUCCACCAUGGCAGCGACGUGACGAUCGAUCCCGAGAUGAUCAUAGCCAUCAUGACCCGAAUGCACCUCCACCAUGGGCUACUGGUGGCCAUAGAGGUGACCGAGACAACCGAGACCAUCACGGUUACCAGGGGCGUGACUCUUACAACUCUGUUCCUGCCGCCGGUGGCCCUCCACCAUGGCAGCAAGCUGCACAGCAAGCUCCAGCUAUGGCCCAGGCUGCUGCUUAUGGAUACGCUGGGUAUCAGUUCCCUACAAAUCAAGUUAUGGGCGCACCACCCGGCCUUAGUGGCAUCCCUCCACCUCCACCUGGAAUGGCUUCUAUGUUCGCUGGCUUCCAGGGCGCUCCUCCUCCGCCUCCUCCGCCAGCUGAUGGCCCACCCCCUCCUCCUCCAAGUGAACAGCCUCCGCCCCCACCUCCGCCUUCGGCCUAA